UUUCGACGAUUGAUGAUUGAAAGAUAGCUAAAAGGAUUCGUCUAAAUAACUCUUUGAAAACCUUAAUAUAUAAAAAAAUGAUGGGCGACGUAGAUAAAUGGAUAGAGAUAGCAAAAAGAUGUAAAUACUUACCAGAAGAUGAUCUCCGUGAACUGUGUAAUAUAGUUUGUGACUUGUUACUUGAGGAGCCGAAUGUUCAACCGGUACAAACACCUGUAACCGUUUGCGGAGACAUCCAUGGUCAGUUUUAUGAUUUAGAAGAGCUCUUUCAUAUAGGAGGUCAAGUUCCAGAUACAAAAUAUAUUUUUAUGGGAGAUUAUGUUGAUCGAGGGUAUUAUAGUCUUGAAACACUAACCCUUCUUAUGGCACUUAAAGCCAGGUAUCCAGACAGGAUAAUAUUAUUGAGAGGAAAUCAUGAAACCUGUCAAAUCACUAAGGUUUAUGGAUUUUAUGAUGAAUGCCUUAACAAGUAUGGUAACGCAAAUGCUUGGAAGGAUUGUUGUAGAGUUUUUGAUUUGCUUACAGUUGCAGCGUUAAUAGAUGAAACAGUAUUAUGCGUCCAUGGGGGACUGUCUCCAAAAAUAUCAAUGUUAGACCAAAUUAGAUGUAUUGAUAGAAAUCAACAGAUACCACAUAAAGGUGCCUUUUGUGACUUACUAUGGUCUGAUCCAGCUGAUGUUAAGAUGUGGUCUGUCAGUCCUAGGGGAGCUGGAUGGUUAUUUGGUAGCUUUGUCACAGAGCUUUUUAUGAACUACAAUAACUUAAGUCUGAUAUGUCGAGCACACCAACUUGUUAAUGAAGGUUACAAAUAUAUGUUCGAUGAAAGGUUAGUUACAGUUUGGUCAGCACCUAACUAUUGUUAUCGUUGCGGGAAUGAAGCAUCUAUAUUGGAAUUUAAAACAGUCAAUGACAGAAACCCUAAGAUCUUUCAAGCAGUACCAGAUAGUGAAAGAGAAGUUCCACCUCAGCAUACUACACCAUAUUUUCUGUAGUCUAUUCAUGCUCAAUGUGAUAUAAAUAUUUCAUGAUAAUAUCAUAAAUUUUGUAUAUUAAAAUGUUGUACAUUGUA